GAAAUGAGGAGGAGAAAGGGAAAGCACAAGCAGCGGCAGCACCAGCAGCGAGGAGAGGAGAGGGGGAGUGAUGAGUCAAUACAACUAAUAAUUUAAUGGGGACAGAGAGGGAGAGACGGAGUGAGAGGGGGAGAGACAGAGGGAGAUAGAAAGAAAGAGGAGCUCCGUCCGGACGCCAAUCCCCAACCAACAGGACACCUCCUACUAUUACUAUCGCAGGCGGCUCUCUUGUGCAUCCACAGCAAGCCUUAUUUAUGCUCGACAUCGGAAAGUAAUCCGCACUUUUUGACCCCCCUCUCCUUGUUUUAUUUUGCGAACCUGUUUCGACUGUCCGCAUAUCGUCUCCACAUCGCCUCCAACGCGAUAGCAAGACCACACUGUCGGUUAUUAUUUUUCUCUCUCUCUCAGUCAGCCCGGUAGUCAAAUCUAGCUAAACCGACGUUGAGCUAUUUUUGUGUACGUUAGUCCCUCUCUUCGUGAACAUACACAACAAGGGUUUAUUGGGUCUCGGCGGCGGUUAUCAUCAUUACAACUGUGUCCGAGGUGCUUUGGUUUCUACUGGCGGCUGCUAACUGUACUGUACUGCUGCCUGCCUGCCGAUGUAGCGAUUUGGAUGUUGUGGUGCGAACUAAAGCAGAAGUCGCCUUCACUUGUAACCGAUGGACGCGGUUAACCGCUCACUUUGUGCUAAAUGUCGCCGGUUCUAACGUUUUUGGUUUGCGUUUUUUUCUUCCAGUUGGACGGAAUAAGCUAACGGACACCAUACACGCAUAGACACACACACACACACACACACAUAACCGCUUACCAAUGUUCGCCUAUCACAGUCCAUCUCGACCUCGUCGUCUCUCGCACAGACCCGGGUUGUUGUUUUUUCCUAGCGCCUGUCAAUCAUCCGCGAAGAAGAGCAGGAGAAAGCGUCUUUUUAAACACUGAUUAUUUUUUUUAAAACCGUUUGCUGUCAUGCACACGUAGAGAGAAAGAGAGAGAGAGGCAGAUAGAGGGAGAGAGAGAGAGAGAGAGGUAACAAGACCGGGAAGCAGGAGUUGUUUUGGGUGUCUUUUUUUCUUUUCUACCCUGGCCAAACUUGAAGAAGACGUGUUUUCCAGGCGGUGUUAUAUGCUCCUCAGUGCUGAAGUGCUGCGUUUCAGGUGAUAGUGAGCAGAGGUGCUGAGAAUGAUGGACCAUCUCAGCGAGGCGUGUAUGGGCAAGGAGAACUCUGACCUGGUCAACAGCAUGGCAGAGGCCAAGGCCCCGCCGGCCAAGCUGCCCCGGCUGGAGCAGAACGGCAGCCCCCUGGGCCGGGCCAGGCUGGGCAGCACCGGGGCCAAACUAGCCGGGGUCCCGUACAAACCCACCGGCCACCUGCUGAAGACCUGUCACAAGAGAGGCAACAUGCUGCCUGUGUUCUGUGUGGUCGAGCACUACGAGAAUCCCAUGGAUUUCGACAGCAAGGAGGAGCACGCCGAGUUCGUCCUGGUGCGUAAGGACAUGCUCUUCAACCAGCUCAUCGAGAUGGCCCUGCUGUCGCUGGGCUACUCCCACAGCUCAGCGGCCCAGGCCAAAGGUAUGAUUCAGGUGGGGAAGUGGAACCCUGUCCCUCUGUCAUACGUGACGGACGCACCGGACGCUACAGUGGCUGACAUGCUGCAGGACGUCUACCACGUGGUCACGCUUAAGAUCCAGCUGCACAGAAAUCUAGCCAGUAACACCUUAAAUUGUUUCACCGAGCACAACGAGCCAGGAAGUUGUCCUAAGCUGGAGGACCUGCCGCCCGAGCAAUGGAGCCACUCUACAGUAAGAAACGCCCUCAAGGAGUUACUCAAAGACAUGAAUCAGAGCUCUCUGGCUAAAGAAUGUCCCUUAUCACAGAGUAUGAUUUCCUCCAUUGUGAACAGCACUUACUAUGCAAAUGUGUCGGCGGCGAAGUGUCAGGAAUUUGGGCGCUGGUAUAAACAUUUCAAGAAGACAAAAGAUAUGAUGGGCAUGCGCCAACCCUCCCAGCUGGAGGGCUACCUGGGGACGUGUGUCCUCCGUGAGAGCCCGCGUGCCAAUGCACUAGCAGAGAUGGACGGCCUGUCCGACCUCUCUCCACCCGGCUCUAAUCACAGCCACAGCCACAACCACAACCACAACCACAACCACCUGGGCUUCUCCCAGCAGCAGCAGCCUAUUCCCGGCAGCACAGCCGAGCAGACUCCUUCCUCGCCGGUGCCACCGCUGCCCCACGCUCCACCGACGCACGGUGGCCAGACCGGUGGCCGGCAGCCCCAGCUUCCCAGCCUACACCACCCGGGCCUGGUGUCCACACCCAUCAGCCCCCAGCUGGUCAACCAGCAGCUUGUGAUGGCACAGAUCCUCAACCAGCAGUACGCAGUGAACCGGCUGCUGGCGCAGCAGUCCCUGUCCCAGCAGUACCUCAACCACCCACCUGUCAACCGCAACUCCCACUCCAAGCCCAUGGAGCCACAGGUGGCAUCAAACACAGAGGUGUCCGUCGAAAUUUACCAGUGGGUGAGGGACGAGCUGAAGCGGGCGGGCAUCUCGCAGGCGGUCUUCGCCCGCGUGGCCUUCAACAGAACCCAGGGCCUGCUGUCCGAGAUUUUACGCAAGGAGGAAGACCCUAAAACAGCGUCCCAGUCGCUGCUGGUCAACCUCCGCGCCAUGCAGAACUUCCUGCAGCUGCCGGAGGCUGAGCGCGAUCGCAUCUAUCAGGAUGAAAGGGAGCGCAGCCUCACGGCAGCCUCGGCGAUGGGCGCCCCCCCACUUAUCAGCACUCCACCCAGCCGACCUGUACAGCCGCGGAGGGAAGACUGUAACAGCGUAAGGCCCGAGGACUGGAACCCCCGAACCCCCAUGGGCAUUUCCCCUGUAAAACCGUCGCCUCUGCCCAGCGAGUGGAACGGCAAAACAGAGAGCUGCAUCCUCAACAUCAACUCCACCAUCUACGACGAGAUCCAGCAGGAGAUGAAGAGGGCCAAAGUUUCCCAAGCCCUGUUCGCAAAGGUGGCCGCCUCCAAGAGCCAGGGUUGGCUCUGUGAGCUGCUGCGUUGGAAGGAGGAUCCCUCUCCGGAGAACCGGACGCUCUGGGAGAACCUCUCCAUGAUCCGCCGCUUCCUGAGCCUCUGCCAGGUCGAACGCGACGCCAUCUACGAGCAGGAGAGCAGCUCCGGGCAGCAGCAGCACCACAACGAGCGGCCCAUGCACUUGAUGCACAUCUCCACUGAGCAGCCACAGGCUCAGCCACCCCAUUCACAACAGCAGCACCCGCCCUCCCUGUCCCUCCAGCACCCCUCCCAACCCCUUUUGUCCCAGCAGCCCUUGCAGCAACUGCAGCCCUGCACCGGCCCCCGGUUGCCGCCUCGCCAGCCCUCCACCGCUUCCCCAGCCGAGACGGAGGACGAGGGCAGCCGCGGAGGGAGCAUCAAAUCCCGAACCUGCGGAGGGAAGAUCUCCCUCGAGGCUCUGGGCAUCCUGCAGAGCUUCAUCCAGGACGUAGGCCUGUACCCCGACGAGGAGGCCAUCCACACCCUAUCGGCCCAGCUGGACCUGCCCAAGCUCACCAUCAUCAAGUUCUUCCAGAGCCAACGCUUUUACAUCAAUCACCCAGCUAAGGCGCCCAAGGAGCCCAGUAACAACAACAACAGCAGCAGCACCGCGGCCACCACCAACACCAACACCAGCAGCAGCGGCGGCAGCAGCAGCAGCAGCCCAGCCUUCGAGGAGGAGCUAACGGACUUCAGGGAGAGCGCAGAGCUGCUGAAGGAGCUGGACGACAGCACGCAGACCAACAGCACCAUCUUCUCCAUCAAGAUGGAAGAGCAGCUGGCCCGAGGCGCAGAGGCCCAGUCCGAGUCUGAGCACGAGGCCAAGGAGUAGGACUCCCCCCUGUCUGAACAUGUACUCAGAGUUUUCCUGUGCACACACACAGACUGAUUACUGUGCUAAAUGUAACGCUCUGGCCGACACAGAACCACCACACUGCAAAUAAAGAAAAAGUAGUGUUUUUAAUCAGUACAGCGUCUGGACUAUAUGAGGAGUGUUUAUAUAUAUAUAUAUAUAUAUAUAUAUAUAUAUAUAUAUAUAUAUAUAUAUAUAUAUAUAUAUAUAAGUUGCAGACUGGCAGGCUAUGUGAAGUGAGUGUUCACACACUGAAGAGCCCAUUUCAGACUCAAGUACUACUUUUUGGAUUUUGUAAAACUUGUAUUAUUCACUGUAAAGACUGACGCAUCAUUUAAAUAAUCUGCACAAAAAAUUAUUCUAAGUAUGUUGCCGUGGAUAUUUGCUGACUGCACUCUAUGUCUGUUGUUUUACACUGACUUACUUUAUCUUUUUGAGCUACUGAUUAUAUUUAAAAAGAAAAAAGUCCCCAUGGAGUUUGCUAGGACUUUGAUAGGUGUUUACGUUAUGUGAUGUUUAACUGGAUAAAAAAAAAAAAAGGAAAAAAAAAAAUAGCAAAUGAAAUUUAGGACCAAGUGGUUGAUAAGGCCUUAAUUAUGAGGUAGUCUGGAGCCUGCUGGCAGAUUAGUUAUUCUUUUAAAAAGCGCAUAAUGUGAUUAUAGAUCACUUCAAACUCUGGAACGCGAUCACCCAGCCCAGGUGAAUCUCCCAAGAACAGCUCAGUCUUUACAUAUUAUUUGUUAGGGAGGAAAUAUAAAUAUAUAUAUAUAGACAUUAUAUUGUAACUGUAAAAAAAAAAAAAAAAAAAACAGUCUUAAAGAAACUAUGCCAACAAAUGCCUUGUACUAUACGGCACUGCCGAUUUUAGAUUAUUUUGCAAAACCUUUGUCACUGUAACUCUCUGAAUUGCCACACAGUUAGAAAUGUGAAUUACACCAUGUUUAUGUUGUCCAACAUUAUUUAUUUGCUGUUCAUGCAGUGUUUCUAAUGUAAUUACUUUUUUUUUUAAGUUUAUGUUACGUAGACCUUUUUUUUCUUUAAUUCCACCGAUCUUUUUUCUAUUUAUAAAUGUGAUUUCGAUGGGCAGUAAAAACAAAAAGUGUCUUAAACGUUUUAAAUGGAGAAAUGUGCUUUAAAGGUUGCCUAUAAAAAGUGCUGUAUGUCAAGCAACUCAUGCUACAAGCUUCACAAUUAAUGUCGUAUGCAAUUUCUACUAUCAUGCAAAUAAGCUUAGGUAAAAUGACUAACCUAUAGAACAACUUAGAGAGAAAAACAUAUGCAAUCUGUGUGAAAAUCGAUGUCUGCGAUGUGUCUUCCUUUGGUUAACAAUCCAAUUCAAAAAGCUAUUCCUGUAUAAAUAUUCUGUAUAAAAGUGUUUCUUUUUUAUGAGUUUAUUUCAAUGAGAACACCAGUUAUUUUGUUACGACUGACUGUUUUAUAAGUGUUUCUCGGUUCCUUCCUGCAGAAAUGUUCUAACUAGAAGUGUUUAUUGAUUGUUAAUUACACAAUUAAACUGUUUGUAUUGUACCACAGAUUUCUUGGCAUUAACUUGACCGGACUCUUUUGACACCAGAGUGGGAUUUUCUCCUCUUGAAAACAAAAGACCAAACAAUGUGAAUUGUUUUUUUUUUUUAAAUCUACUGUUAUGAGAUAUCAACUCCAGUUACUGACUCGGGUCAGCCGCAGUCACUGAACACGUUAUUUGUAAUAACUGUAAAUAUCACAUCUUAUGAAUCAUUGAUUGUUUAUUAUUGUAAAUAUAUUUGAAGUUUGUGCAAGAGCUCACCAUACAAAAUUGAAAUCAACGUUCUGUCGUGCCUCUUCCUCUCGAACCGACUGUACCUGGGCUCUUCUACUGCUGAGUGUAUCUGAAGCACCUGUGAAAUCUGAAAUAAA